AUGGCUUCUAGUUUUGCUCCUGAUGUAUGGGGAUGGAUCGGUAACCUUCCCACAAUCACCCAAUGGGACACAAACGUCAUGUCUCUUUGCAUCUGUACCACAGGAUCGACAAACCCCUCUAUGAAUCUCUCUGUCACCAAAAGCUCCCAGAGCCGCAACCCAUAUGUCUCCUUCUCUAUCUAUGCAGAUUUUAAUAUGCCAAUCCCCCUCUGGACAUCCAGUCCUAUUCACCUGAAAAACAAAACUCAGCCUUCUAUAGAAGAAGAAGAUGUUCUCCAUCUCUUCUUUGAUAUCAUCAAUGGUGUUCUUAUGUAUGGUCCCAGUAAGAAAUCUUCUUUCAGAUACCCUGCAGUACAAAUUAGCGAAGAUUUCAGAGAUGUGUUCAAUCUAGCAUUCCUCACUCUUGCUUUCCUUAUCUGCAUCUAUGAAGCCCCUAACAACCUUCGCCAGGGAUGUCUGGACACUUUGCGGAUUCAAUUAACAACCUCGAGGUGCAGAGAAGCAUCCAAGCUUCUCGUGCGGGUCCUUGGAUCCAACCUUGAAGAGCAGUGGAUGAGAUCCUUAAACCUUGCUGUAACAAACUUGAUUCAAGAGUUUCAAACUUCCAAUCACUCAUUCAAAACACCUUCACCUCUGUUUUCAUAUGCUUUCUCUGCUAGUGGGCUAUGGAAAGUGCAAUUAUAUUGCCCAAUCAUUGCUAUGAGCAUUGAAAAUCCUACUGCUACAACUCAGGACGAACGUCUGCUCUUUUCUUUGAAGUACCAACAGCUUGAAGGGGUGAUCCAACUCGCUUACAAGGUCAUCUUACGGGAGAACUGGAUUGACGUGGUGGUGACUGUGGACAACGUAAGAUGUGACGUGAACCCACUGGUAUCUGAGACUCUAAUGGCUGAACGAGGCUAUGGAUCUGAGGAGAAACACUUCCCAUCUCGUAUAUCUUUGCAACUCACACCAACCCUGCAGUCUGAUGUGAUGUCAGUUUCAGUAAGCAAAUCUUCUGAAAAUCCUCAUCAUGAAGUUGGCCUUGAGAAGGCCCUUGAAGGCUCAUUUGAUCCCCCAAAUUCUUAUUUGGGUCUCAAAUUUUCAGCCACAGAAACUGUCACUAUGAGCAUGAAACCAUGGAAAUUUGAACAAUCAGCAUAUGGUGGUGGUGCAACUUUGAAUUGGUUUCUCCAUGAUGGUGUGCACGGCAGAGAGGUUUUCUCUUCCAAGCCUUCGAAGUUCGCAUUACUUCAACCAAGGACAUGGUUUAGAGACCGCUACUCUAGCGUCUACAGGCCCUUUACAAAACAAGGAGGAGUAAUCUUCGCAGGAGAUGAGUAUGGAGAAAGCGUGUGGUGGAAGUUGUGUGGAGGAGCCUUAGGAAAGAAAUUGGAGUGGGAAAUCAAAGGCCGGAUUUGGCUAACCUACUGGCCCAACAGACAAAGAACCUUUUACAGUGAAACCAGGAGGUUAGAGUUCAGAGAAUCACUCUACCUUCCCCUCCCAAAAGAAGCAUAGGAUCAGGAUUUAAGCUGCUCAUCUUUGUUCUAAAAUGCAAGUGUGUUGCUAUCAUGUAAAUUCGUGCUUGGACAAUGAUCUGUGUGGUUCAAAUGCAUGAACUAUGGAAUUAUACAUCACUUUUAUA